AUGAGCACCGUCGCCGCGCAACCGAGCCCAUUUUCACGACGCCUUGUCUCCGAAAGUGGCGUGGCAGGCGCGUCGAGGUUUCAGGCCGCCGCCUGGGAGGCCACAACCCAGGACAUUUCAAGUCCGAGAACUCGCAAGUCGAGUUAUGACGACGUGUCGUCGCAAGUCGUCGUCCGAAAGACCGUCACGCGCCCGGCCGAUCGGAGCAUGCCGAGUCCUCGCCAGUCAUCUGGCAUUGCCCACGGUGGCGGUGUCCGUGAUGCCUGA